AUGAAGGGGUUGCCCUGCCCGUGCCCUGCCCUGCCCCACUUCUGGCAACCAGGGUCUCACUUCAUGGCUGAGGGCUCCGGGACUCAGGCCCCAGAUAAAGGGCCCUCACUCAGCAUCCAGCUCCUGCGAGCCCAGUACGAAGCCUUAAAGCAGCAGCAGAGAGCCCAGUCCCACUUGGUGGUGCUCCCGAAAGGGGGGAACGUGCCUGCUCCUGCUCAGCCCAUGGUCAGUGCCGUUUGGAUUAACAAGGAAAGAAGGAACUCACUGUCUCUGGAGGAGGCAAAGCCUGAGGCCAAGGGGAUGCUGGAGGAGGCAAACAGAGUCUGUCUUCAGACCCACACAUCUUCAUGGCACACGCACCUAGAGAUGCAUCGCUUGGGCCAGAACUUCUGCCAGGAAACCAGUCAUCAAGUACAGCCCACAGGCAGGCUUACUGGGACUGUGCGAAGGCUCCCUCAGGAAGGAGAUCAGGGCUUGCUUGAAAACAGUCAGAGGACUCAGCAAGGGACCGAAAUGCCGGCGGCAGCCCAGCAUGAAUGUCAGGUGGGCAGUACUCAAGCAAAGGCGGUGCAAUCUGGCUCAAACAGGAGCAGCCGGUGCCCUCCUCCCACGGAGAACCUUCACAGGUCUGGCAAACCAGCUCAUUAUCCAUUUCCCCAGAGGAAAACUCCCAGGAUCUCCCAAGCUGCACGGAACCUGGGCCUAUACGGCCCAGCCUGA